AUGAAAUGAGUCACAUAAUAGUAAUAAGAGAGUAUAAACCAGGGGAUGAAUUAAAUUGUCAUGAUAUGAUGAAAAAAAAUAUAAUGUCAUCAUUAAACACAGCAUUUCUCGCAAAUGUUUUUAAAGAAUUGACAUUUCAAUUGAUGAUAUUGUCUGCCGCAAUAAUGUUCAUAUUUUUUGGACUGCCAUUUACAUUUUGUCUUCUGGUUAUUCCAUUAAUUAUAAUUAUUACAUAUGCAACGACUUAUCUUGGAUUUACGAUGAUAACUGCUGAAAUAAAUCAAGAAUUAACUAAAAUAUCAAGACUUUACAUGUCAAAUGCAUUCUCGUGUUUUUGGGUAGCAGAAGCAUUUCAGCCUUUCACGAUGACUCGUAAUCCAGCUGAAAUUAAUUACACAGUAAUGACAGAGAAACAGUUCCGUGAUUCAAAUAUUGAUGUAUCAUCACAAUAUAAAAAAAUCGUAGGUACUAUUGGAUUAUUAAAAAGUCAUAGGAGCGAAAAAGGUGCAUGGAUAAAAAGGUUGUGCGUUGAUAAAAAUUAUCGGCGCAAAGGAGUAGGUUCUUAUUUACUCACAACGGCGGUUAAAUUUGCAAUUGACCAAGGAUACAGCUGUGUCGAUCUCGUUUUUUCUGAAUACACAGACGGUUGUCGUGAAUUGUGUUUCAAAAAAGGUUUUGAAUUGAAACAAAUGUAUCAUAAAUCAAUUAUUGGACCAAUUGUUAAUGUUCUUCAAUAUGAAUUGACAUAUCAAAUUAAACCACUUGAUGAUUAUUAUAAUAAUCAGUAUAGUAGUUAUAACAUUUAUAACUCAAAGCAACAUUUUCUAUAGACUGAUUAUUCAUUAAGAUAUAUAAGGAUUAAAAUUAAUAAUUCAUAUUUUUAUACUGAAUUUUUUAUAC